UUAUAAUGAUCCUUGUGAUGAUUUUACUACUAAUUUUGCUAUUCGUAAUUCUACUGGCUGUCAUAAUACUACUCGUCAUAUUCAUGCUUGUUAUACUGAUACUUGUGCUAAUGCUGAUAUUCAUUAUCGUUCUUUUUUUAAUGGUGAUUUUAUUCGUAAUCGUACUACUCAUAUUCAUGUUUGUUAUACUGAUCAUCUAUCGAACUUUAAUCCAUUGAAGCUUGCUUGUGCUAUUGCUGGUGCUUUUGUUGAUGAUACUAUUCGUGCUUUUCUUGAUGUUACUUGUAUUGA